AUGGUUGGGAGUGGUAUAUCGGAGGUGAUCACUAGUAAUGGUUGUUCAAAGAUGUAUUCAGAUAUAAAUUGUACAUUGAAUACUAAUUCUUCCAGAGAUCUUCAUCUUCAACUUCCACGUCCUUCUCUUCUUCGUUCUACCUCAAAUUCCCCAUUUUCUGGUCUUGUUAUUUGUGUUACUGGUCUAUCCAAAGAAGCAAGAAAACAAGAAGCAAGAAAACAAGUGAUGCAUGCAACGGAGAGAUUGGGUGGUCAAUUCAGUCCCCAUUUUCAUCCAAAGUUGAGAUUGAACGAGUCAUUAUAUGGGGUUAAGAGUUUUGGAGAGGAUUAUAUGGCGAAAUAUGAUCUAAACAAGAUUUCUUGUCUUCCUAAUGCCAUGGUGGAAAAUGUUAAACAAUCUAACUUGAUGCAAAGAUCAAGAUUACAUAUGGAAGAGAAAAAAAGAAGAGGGUCAAUUUUUUCGGGUCAAACCGUUUAUGUUGAAUCUGAUGUUCCGGUUGAGCUGAGGAACAAGGUGGUGGAGGCUGCUCGAGAGGAAGGUAGUUUACUAGUGAACGAAUGGUUGGUUGGUCAACAUGCUACUCAUGUGGUAUGUGAAGCUUCUUCGGUUGGAAAGUAUCUUGGUCAAUCCAACAAUAAUCUUGUUACUCCUCUAUGGUUUCUGAAGACAGUGAAUGAGAUGAGGUUGCAGAGGCUUGUCCAUUUGUCUGUUGACUUGGCACGCCAUCUAGGAAUGACGAUGCAGAAUGUUCCAGGUGGAAAUUAUCGAAAGGGGUAUGUAUUAUGUAAGCUUUGCAAUAAUUGCUUACUUUGCAUCAACGUAGAGGAUGGGCUAUAUUUUUUAAAUUGCUUCGUGUACCCCAUGAUUUGA